AUGGAGCAAUCUGAGAUGGAGGCACACUUCGCCCGGCAAUGGGCAUCUACCUCGAAGUCAGGAACCGAGCGCAUGGAGCCAAACGACCGUCGAACAAUCAAGAUUUUCAGGAAUUAUGACGAUAUCAAAGAGGAAUUCCUUGGAGGGAUGGACGAAAUUCAUCAGGAGAUUGGCAUGCUCGAGCCACGUUUUAUUGCUCUACCCGACGAAGAGGCAACGCGGCGAAUCACUCAGAUGCUUAAGAGGUUGGGCCGAGCCUGUCAGACCUUCCAACUCCACGCGGGCCAAAGUUCUACUCCAUCAAAGGAUGAAAAGGAGGCAUGCUUUGAGAUCUUUGUUUCGAUGACAAGGUUUCUAUCAGAUGCUAUUAGGUUUCUGCGGGAUGCUGGAGACAUUGCCAGCCUCUCAUCGCCGCACGGUCACGCGCAGGGAUCGUGGGCCAAUUUGACGGUCAUAUACGACAAUGCCCAGGCCGAGAUUGAUGAGUCGUUGAAAGAGAUUGAGAAGAUUGCAGAAAUAUCCCAGAGGCAGGCUACGAUGUUGUCGUUUCUGGCCCUCUCCCCUCGGUCCUUCGCUGACAAGGCCAAGUUGCCUUGCUAUGUGCUACCCACUGCCAGUACGAAUCGAUUCUUCAACCGUGACGAAGUCAUCGAGGAAAUAGACCAUCAACUCGGAGAACAGAGAAUCGAUGGCCUGCGAUCACUCGCGCUCUAUGGCAUGGGUGGUGUAGGCAAGAGUCAUGUCGCUUUGAAGUACAUCGAAAAAAGGAAGGCGGAGAAAGGCCUCGCUGCGAUAUUCUGGGUCCACGCUGAGAACAUAAUAUCGUUUCAGCAGAGCUUUACCGAUAUUGCUCUGAGACUAGACCUCCCUGGAGCCCAACGAACCUUGCAUGAAGAGAAUCGACUAAUCGUGAAGGACUGGCUUCAGCAGACGGAAUGCAAAUGGCUCAUAGUGUACGACAACGUGGAGAGUUUUGAUCUUCUGCGGGCCAAUUGGCCCUUGCCAGGUAGCCAGGGCUUAGCAUUGAUCACGACACGAAACCACUCGCUAGCCUUUGACCCAGCCAGUGGAGGUCUCGAGGUUCCCUCAUGGAAUACAGAGAAUGGUACCAAGUUUCUCUUGCAUCUACUAUCUGGUCAUAUUAGUGCAGAUCUUCUGGCGAACGAAGCGAAGUCUGCAUAUAGUCUGUCCGAAAGACUCAGUGGUCAUGCGCUGGCAAUCUCGAACAUGAGUGGACUCAUUCAACGUCGGUCAUGGUCAAUUUCUCAACUCCUCGAUAAUUACGGAAGCAAUCUAAACUUCAAGGACGGCUUAGAGGCGGUCUGGAAGGUUUCAUUCCAGAAUCUGAAGCCUGACAGCGCCGCUUUGCUGGCUGCAUUUAGCUACUGCGCUCCUGACAGUAUUCCUCAUUCGCUAUUUGAGUUGAAAGAAGCCGAGGAUCUGCCUGAUAGCUUACUCUGGUUCCUUGAUGUGGAUAGGUUUCUAUUGGAGCAGCAAACUUGGCCUGAGCUUGAAGACCUUGUCGAAAUAGGCAAACUGGCCUUGGCAACCCUUCCUGAACAGGACCCUGAGCUGUACAACCUAACCUCGCCGGACACGUAUAUUGCACAGAUGUGGGCGCGCCGAGGUCACUAUCGCCUGGCAAUAGAGGUGAUGGUGAGCGCACGCAACAUGAAGUUGAAGGCUCCUCAAGAAGAUCACCAAAAUUUGAGCUGGAUGGCGAACAACAUAUCUGCAUUUUACUCCUGCUUAGGCGAGUAUAAGACCGCUCUGGAAUGGCAGGAAACCAGCAGGGUUUCUUGGGAGCGAUGGGCCAAGUCUGAGAAUGUUGAAUUCCAUUGGCACCCGAACCAAAGAUACGGCAAGGGGAGAACUUUGGCUUACAUGAAGAGGUACGACGAAGCUAGAACCGACAUCGACGAAUCCCUAGAGGACAUGCUUACGACCAAGCCGGUCAUUUGGGGGACGGCGGGACCGUGUCAGUUCGCUCGUGCUAGACUAGCCAUGUUCGAAGGAGACUUCAAGCUUGCUGAGCUCUUGUUCCAAAAGGCGCAGAGCAUAUGGCUCACGGGCAACAGUUCCAGAACGUCGGACUUCUACGCGGCUACAAUUUACCGCAUGGGAUGUUGCGCGCUACUCGAAGGAGAGGUGGAACGAGCUGUGAAAUACCUCCAAGACGCGAUGGCAAUUACAUCAUUGCGAAAGGAUAUCCAGGUAGGGGAGCAUGCUCGCUGUCUGCACAAGCUUUCAGAGGCUCUCUAUCAGAUAUCUGGUCGUGAACUGGAAGCGGACAGACUGCUCAAAGACGCCGAGGAGCUCUACUGGAAGCGUAUCGAAAAGCCCAGAGGGGUUUCGGAGGAAGACCACGCAGAGUACGAAGUACCACAGAUUCAUCCCCAAGAGGAAGAUUACGACUGUUUAGUCUAUAUGCUAUGGCGCUGA